AUGGCGCUGCAGGGGCGGGCGAGGCAGAGCGCGGUGGCUGAGGGAGCCCCUGGCCGCGGGGGUCUGGCCGCGCUCCGCUGGACCGGGCGCUCGGGCUCUGCGGGGAAAGAGACCGAACAGCCCGUGCUAGACGUGCAGCUACCGCGGCUGAGGAGCGGCGCGUGUCCCCGUCGCGCCCCCGGGAACCCCGGGCAGCCCCUUCGGCGGGAGUGCCCCUGCAGUCGCGGCCGUGCUGGGGCUGCCGUCAGCGCAGGUUCCAGGGGGAAAUCCGCCUCCAGCGUGUCGGCUCCUCGGCGCCUGAAGCCUCUGAGGCGGCUCUGCCUCCUCCGCACGCCUGCUCGGAAGGCUCCGACGGGGAGCACGGAGCGCGGCUCCCACUGGGAAUGCACAAUAGACGGAGAGUCGAUCCUGCUGGCGUCUGGCAGGGACCGUAUCACAGGGCCCGGCCCUCGGCAGGCAGGGAAACCCACUGGCCCGGAGCUCUGCUCAUUCUCUUUUUGGCUCUCAUCCCUCCUCGGGUGUGUUUCCCUGCUGAGGCAUCUCACUUCUGCCGUAAUAGAAGUUCAGGAGCCAGUAGGAAAAGGAAUUUAUUUCAGCUUUCAAAUAAUCAGUGAGCUGUUUGGAAAAAUGUGCCAGUAUGCAGUGCUGCCAGUGCCUAUUAGAUACCAUGCGUGCCUGGCUGUGAGAAACCUGCAGAAAGUGAAAGUGACGUCUCAGAGAAAGUAA